AACGGCGACGACGAAGUGGCUCCUAGGCGGCAGAUCCACCUCAAUGUGCCACCACGGUUGGUGAUAGUACCUGGGACAGCGAUCAUAGUGGGUAUUGCGAUUGGGUUGAUGCGGGGAGGACGGGCGACGUCGUUGCGUUUCCUUGCAGAGAAUGCUCACCGACCGCCGACUACAGUGCAAGGGUGGUACUUUUACAACAAGACGAAGAACUACAAGGUGAUACUUGGUGGACUGAAGGGAGCGGGAGUGGAUGCCAGUAAGCUGGGACUAAUGGGGUUGGGGUGGGUAGGGAUAGAA